AUGCACAUUUGGCUCACCGCAUUUGCAUUUCUUUUCAUUUCCUUUCAUGUCGCCUCGUUUAUUGUCGGGCCGUGCAUUGGGCCGAAAUCGGUUUUGGAGCGAUAUUUGAAUGAAAAGGAGAAGUCGGAGCUGCGCAAACUGGUGCACACAAAGUUUGAUGGAUCGAAUGCCGAGAAGGUUCUCGAAGAAGUCAAUCGCUAUGUAUUCGGCCAUAUAAGUGAGGAGGAAUGGCAUUCAAUUGUUCCCGAACUAGCCGAAUACCAAGCAAAAAAACAUGAAUGCUCGCUUUAUUCUCAACUUCUUCCUAAACCAUUAUACCAGCAACUUUUGAAAUCUGUGUUCCGUGCGAGUGAAAUGGGCGCCAGUAAGUACGAUGUGAAACGAUUAGUCGAUGAUUAUGUUGAACGAUUGGCUCAAAAUGGAAUCCUCCCGGAUGUUGUGAAUGAAAAACCUGUGCUUCCAUUAGUCACGAUACCCGAAGAAAUCGCAAUAACUAAUGGCUAUCGAAACCGAAAAGAGCCUCCAAAGGGGCAAAACUCGAUGAAAAAACCAAUGAAAAAAUUAAAUGUACAUCCGACGUUGAUAGGAACCAAAUCAGAUAAACGACGACCCCAACCAACUCCGGUAUUCCCGAUUGCAAGACCGUAA